ACACACACACAUGCACCUAUUUACACCCGGGCAAGAGCACAACCAUGUGAUUAUCGAAACUGAAGAACUGAGGAAGCCAGCACGGAGGGACACGGAAGGCGGUGUAUCACAGAAACUGCUUUGGCAAGUCAGCAUCAUGCUGCUAUUCCUGCAAGUACUGAACAAGCAUGGGAUUUGAAUAUUACACCCUUAUAUAAAUGAAUUGCUCAAUUUCCUGUGACCAUCUAUACGUACUCCAUCUUCAAAAAGUGUAUCAGUAUUCUAUCAUAAAGGAGAUAGUGAUCUUUUUUCCAAUAUGCAUGACAUUUCUGGACAAGACAAUUGUGGCACCAGCACUUAUAUCCAUGAAGAAAAACUCUGCAGUUUUAUGGCAUUCAUCAUUUGACAAAUGCAACUAUUUUCCUUAUCAAUCAACUCUUACUGAACUUCCUAGCAGUGACUGUGGAAUCCUUAAGGGCCCAUUAAAUUUCUGAAGAAGAAAGCUAAGAUGAAGGACAUGCCACUCCGAAUUCAUGUGCUACUUGGCCUCGCUAUCACUACACUAGUACAAGCUGUAGAUAAAAAAACGGAUUGCCCACAAUUAUGUACAUGUGAAAUCAGGCCUUGGUUUACACCCAGAUCCAUUUAUAUGGAAGCAUCUACAGUGGAUUGUAAUGAUUUAGGUCUUUUAAAUUUCCCAGCCAGAUUGCCUGCUGACACACAGAUUCUGCUCCUACAGACUAACAAUAUUGCAAAAAUUGAAUACUCCAUAGACUUUCCAGUAAACCUCACCGGCCUGGACUUAUCUCAAAACAAUUUAUCUUCAGUCACCAAUAUUAAUGUAAAAAAGAUGCCUCAGCUUCUUUCUGUGUAUUUAGAGGAAAACAAACUAACUGAGCUGCCUGAAAAAUGUCUGUCUGGACUGAGCAACUUACAAGAACUCUAUAUUAAUCACAACUUGCUUUCUACAAUUUCACCCGGAGCCUUUAUUGGCCUACAUAAUCUUCUUCGACUUCAUCUCAAUUCAAAUAGAUUGCAGAUGAUCAACAGUAAGUGGUUUGAUGCUCUUCCCAAUCUGGAGAUUCUGAUGAUCGGGGAAAAUCCAAUCAUCAGAAUCAAAGACAUGAACUUUAAGCCGCUUAUCAAUCUCCGCAGCCUGGUUAUAGCUGGUAUAAACCUCACGGAAAUACCAGAUAAUGCCUUGGUUGGACUUGAAAACUUAGAAAGCAUCUCUUUUUAUGACAACAGGCUUAUUAAAGUGCCCCAUGUUGCUCUCCAAAAAGCUAUAAACCUCAAAUUUUUGGAUCUAAAUAAAAAUCCCAUUAAUAGAAUACGGAGGGGUGAUUUCAGCAAUAUGCUACACUUAAAAGAGUUGGGAAUAAAUAAUAUGCCUGAGCUGAUUUCCAUCGACAGUCUUGCUGUGGAUAACCUGCCAGAUUUAAGAAAAAUAGAAGCUACAAACAACCCACGGUUGUCUUACAUUCACCCAAAUGCAUUUUUCAGACUACCCAAGCUGGAAUCACUCAUGCUCAACAGCAAUGCCCUUAGUGCCCUGUACCAUGGUACAAUUGAGUCUCUGCCAAAUCUCAAGGAGAUCAGCAUACACAGCAAUCCCAUCAGGUGUGAUUGUGUCAUCCGUUGGAUUAAUAUGAACAAAACCAACAUUCGAUUUAUGGAACCAGACUCACUAUUUUGCGUGGACCCACCUGAAUUCCAAGGCCAAAAUGUUCGGCAGGUACAUUUCAGGGAAAUGAUGGAAAUCUGUCUCCCUCUUAUAGCUCCUGAGAGCUUCCCUUCUAAUCUGGAUUUGGAAGCUGGGAGCUAUGUUUCCUUGCAUUGUAGAGCUACUGCAGAGCCACAGCCUGAAAUCUACUGGGUAACACCUUCUGGCCAAAAACUCUUACCUAAUACUCUGAGAGACAAGUUCUACGUCCAUUCUGAAGGCACACUAGAUAUAAGUGACAUAACCCCAACAGAAGGGGGUCUAUAUACUUGUAUAGCAACGAACCUGGUUGGUGCAGACUUGAAGUCUGUUAUGAUCAAAGUGGAUGGUUCUUUUCCCCAGGAUAACAAUGAAUCCUUAAAUAUUAAAAUAAAAGAUGUUCAGGCCAAUUCAGUUCUGGUGUCUUGGAAAGCAAGUUCUAAAAUUCUCAAAUCCAGUGUUAAGUGGACAGCCUUUGUCAAGACUGAAAAUUCCCAUGCUGCCCAAAGUGCUCGAAUACCAUCUGAUGUCAAGGUAUAUAAUCUUACUCAUCUGAACCCAUCAACUGAGUACAAAAUUUGUAUUGAUAUCCCCACCAUCUAUCAAAAAACCAGAAAACAAUGUGUAAAUGUCACCACAAAAGGUUUGGACCCUAAUCGAAAAGAAUAUGAAAAGAGUAACACCACAACCUUUAUGGCCUGCCUUGGAGGCUUUCUGGGGAUUAUUGGUAUGGUAUGUCUUUUCAGUUGCCUCUCUCAAGAAAUGAACUGUGAUGGUGGACAUGGUUAUAUGAGGAAUUACUUACAGAAACCAACCUUCACGUUCAGUGAGCUUUAUCCUCCUCUAAUCAACCUCUGGGAAACAGGCAAAGAAAAAAGUACAGCAUUGGAAGUGAAAGCAACUGUUAUAGGUGUGCCAACAAAUAUGUCCUAAAAACAACUAACUAAACCUACUUCAAAGAAAAGCUUAAGACUGCAGCUAUGCUUGAAAAAUU